ACGAUAUACUAAACAGCAUCCCAGUUAUAAUAGAACAGUUGAGCACUAUCUCACUACUUUGGCAAGCCUACCCUACCACUAAAAUAGAUGAAGCAUUUAUUAGUAUUAUUGUAUAUUGUCCACUUGUUGCUCCCGAAGUUUGGUCAAUCAGCAAUUGUACAGAAUUGAUAGAGGUUGCAAAUCACUUUUAAUUUCAAGUCCGCAUAACGGGAGCGAUUUAUGCAAACCUUGGAUUAAUAAUUUAAUGACGCUUUUCCUGCUCUUGGUUUCGCUGCUUCUUGUGAAGAAUCCUUCGUUUACUUGUGUUGUGAAUUGGAAAGUGCAGUUAUAGUUAGAUAAGAUAUUCUAUUAAAUCAAUUUGUAACAUCCUUGCAUCCUGAACGAGUUCAAUCUCCUCCAAUCUCCACUAACUCGGGUCAUAGGAUUAGAUUUGGUGAGAUCGAGAACCAUAAUUGAAACAAGGUGCGACUUUUCUUGGCUAAUAAACUGAGAUAAUUACGGCUGUAUCGUCCAGGAAACGCUUACAAUGUCGCAUGACCAUCAUGGCCAUGGACAUCAUAACCACGCACCGGUGGAGAUCGUCACCUCAUCUACCACCCUUAGCUCCAUAAUGGACCAUAAUGAUAUGGAUCACGGCAGUAUGGAUCAUUCAAGUCAUGUCGGAGGAGACAGUGCGGCACAGGAUGGUGGUGGUGAUCAUCACAAUAUGAUGAUGCAUAUGUUCUUCCACGGAGGAGUGAAGGAAACAAUCCUGUUCGAGUGGUGGAAAAUAACAGAUGUUGGGGGACUAAUUGGGUCAAUGAUUGCCAUCUUCUUCCUGGCUUUCUUUUAUGAAGCUCUCAAGUUUUACAGGGAGCAUUUGUAUCGGCAUUCCUUCAAAACGGUUGAACUCAACACGCUCUCUGUCCCAGUGGAGAACGGAAGUUCUGUAAAGGAGACCCAUAAAACUGUCCAGGUGAAAAUUCUGAGUUGUAUGCACAUCGGUCAGACUGGUCUUCAUGUAUUGCAAGUUAUUCUAUCCUACUUCCUAAUGCUAAUCUUCAUGACAUACAAUGUCUGGCUAUGCGUGGCUGUUGCGGUUGGAGCAGGAGCAGGAUACUUCUUUUUUGGCUGGAAAAAGUCGCUCGUUGUGGAUAUUACAGAACAUUGUCAUUAAAAGCGUGCGUCAGACUAGUAAAAUCGGGAUCAAAUAGCAAACAUAUUGGCUAGAUUUUUUUAUAAUAAUGCUGCAUAUUUUGACCUGUUCCAUGAUUUCAUCGACAAGCCAGCUGUAUAUCUAUCUAUCACACAUGUUGUUGCUCAACAAAUGCUCUAUUUGAUGUAGUCUAUCUAUUAUUUUGUAAUGAAUAACUUUGAACGUAAUCUCCAAGUCAUACAGACCUUCUACAAUCACAAUAUUGAGUUCAUCUGUGAUGUUUUAUUAGUUGCAGAUUUUCUGCACUCUGAACUAGUAUAUUUUAUGCCCUAUGGUGCUUUAUGCUAAUAUACGCGUUCGUGAUACUAUCACGAAUUAUAUAUGGUUAAGGAUGUUUAUAUUAUUAUUGUACAUUAUGUAGAAAGAACGCCUGUAAUAUGAUUUCAGGAUAAUAAAACUAUCAUGCAUCACAC